GGCUAAGCAAGGAGGAGAAAGUGUAAGGAGAAAGGAUAUACGGAGUACCUGUGAAGAGACGGCGUUUAUUGGGACUCUUGGGACUGUGAAUGGAUUCUGCUCGUUUCACUACGACACAGCGCCUUUCGUGUCAAAUGAUGAAUCCGGAUUUAUUGAAACCUUCUGAGCGGACGCACACUACUCAACCACCACCCAAGCCGAACCGGAGUAAAUCUGAGGCUACGACAAAGCCUGAGGUGGUGGUUGAUGUGGAGGGGAAGAGGUGCUAUUACAAAGGAAAGAUUUUGGGAAAGGGUGGUUUUGCACGAUGCUACGAAAUGACAGACGUGGCCUCGGAAAAAACAUAUGCUGUGAAGGUGAUCCCGCAAAGCAGAGUGUCCAAACCCCAUCAGAGAGAAAAGAUCAUAAAUGAAAUUGAACUCCACAAAACCUUACAACACAAGCAUGUUGUGAAAUUCUCCCACCACUUUGAAGAUGAGGAGAACAUUUACAUCUUCCUGGAGCUGUGCAGUAGGAAGUCCCUGGCUCACAUAUGGAAGGCGAGGCACACUUUGACCGAUCCUGAGGUCCGUUAUUACCUGAGGCACAUCAUAUCGGGACUGAAAUAUCUGCACAAUAAAGGCAUCCUUCACAGAGAUCUCAAACUAGGUAAUUUCUUUGUAAGUGAAGGCAUGGAAUUGAGGCUGGGAGACUUUGGACUGGCAGCAAAACUGGAAACUGCUGAGCAGAGGAAGAAGACAAUCUGUGGAACACCCAAUUAUCUUGCUCCAGAGGUCCUCAAUAGACAGGGACAUGGAACUGAAUCAGAUGUUUGGUCUCUGGGAUGUGUCAUAUACACAUUGUUGUGUGGUAAUCCACCAUUUGAAACUCUGGACUUGAAAGAGACGUACAAGUGCAUUAAGGAAGUGAGGUACACACUCCCUCAGACCCUUUCGCCCUCGGCUCAGAAGCUGAUCUCCGCCAUCUUGCAAAAGAACCCCGCCGACCGGCUCACACUGGACCAGAUCCUGACCCAUGAGUAUUUUACCAAGGGCUUCACCCCAGAUAAACUGCCACCCAGCAGCUGCGUCAUGGUGCCCGAGCUCAACCCACCCAGCCCUGCCAAGAAGUUCUUCACCAAGAUGGCCAAGAGCCUCUUUGGCAAAAAGAAAUCUAAAGUUGAGAAGAGCCCAGCUGAGGAGAAGGAUGACAUCUCGAAGCUGGUCUCGGGCAUUGUGAAAUGCUCCAUCAGCCGACAGAUGAGCGUCAAGACAGGAGCAACUGAGGCCCCACUAGCUAGCUCGGGUCCCACGGACACGCCGGUCGAAGAGGAGUCCAGAAAGUCCACGUCUCAAUCCUUCAAGGGCACGGUGGCCAGCAGCAAUGACGCUUGUGAAGACAUCCUCACUCCUGCUGCUGUCGCUGAGUCAGCUGUUCGGGUUCUCAACAGCUGCUUGUCCUCCAUGCCUGCAGCUUCUAGAAACCCACCAUGCCUUUCAAAGCCCAAGCCCUUCAUUUGGGUAACAAAAUGGGUAGACUACUCCAACAAAUAUGGUUUUGGUUACCAACUCUCCAACCAGAAUAUCGGUGUGCUGUUCAACGAGGGAACUCAUCUGAGUUUAUGUGAUCAGCGAAGGACUGUCCACUACUGUUUAGCCAACAACAAGCACUUCACGUUCCAAGCCAACACGCUUCCAGAGCAGCUGCACGGUCAGAAGCAGAUUGUGGAGCUGAUGGCCAAUUACAUGGAGCAGAACCUGAUGGAGGGUGGAGACCUUCAGUAUGAGGAGCUGCCCCCUCCCUCCGCAUCGCCCCUCCUGCUGCAGUGGGUAAAGACGGACCACGCAUUAGUCAUGCUCUUCAACAAUGGCACCCUGCAGGUGAAUUUCUACACUGAUCACACAAAGAUCAUCCUGUGCAAGGCCACUGACUCGUCCUACUUGCUGACGUACAUCAACCGGGAGCGCGUCUCGUACACCUACCCACUCGGCGUGCUGAGCGAGCGGGGCUGCUCCACGGAACUCCGACACCGGAUGCGCUACGUGGUCCAGCUCCUCCAGCACCACACGGGUGCCUAAACCAGCGUCUCCACCGCCACCACCACCACCACCUCGCCUACUAAUGGAGCGGCCUUCUCCUAACUCUGUCCACACGCCACAAAAAGUCGCUGCUGUCGGCUUCCUCUGGGAGCAACACUCAAACCUCAAGGGGGGAGCUUCCCCUCCGGUUCUUGGCCAGCGUCUGGCCUCUACGGACUACAGUGCACUGUUUCAGUUCCAUUUUACUUUUCAUGAUAUGUAGAGUGUUUUUUUUUUUUUUUUUUUUUUUUUUUUUUUUAAGAAUUUAGCUUAAACAUGCAGUAUGACACACUACUGGCUUGACUCACAGUGCGCACAAUGAAGAGGGAAGACAAACAAACAACCAAACAGACAAACAAAAAAAAACCAGAAGUAUCCUGUGUUCCCUCAGCUGGACUGUUGUGUUGAAAUGGUGAUACUGACACAGGAGCACACUUCACAGGGCUACAGCUUACCACUGGCCCGCUCAAAGCCACUUUGCCAAUGCUAUGCAGAAAGCCUUGGCUUUUAUCCACUCUUUUUUUCCACUUCUCUUUUGGGAUUGUACUUCACGUAAUGGUACACAUCGGUGAAAAAAGAGUGAUUAGGUGCCAAACUCUAGGGUUUUUCUUUCCUUUCUUUUUUUUAGGAUACAUUUUAAAAUCCGAGAAGUUGAUGGUCGACCAUGGUCUGCAAAUGACAGAAUGUCUUAUUCAACUUUUGGGAAGAGCUGAAAUAAGUGCCUUUUGGAGGGAUUCCUGCUUGUGCAAUAAUCACCCUUCUAAAUCGGAGAGACAAAAGAAAUGAGAGUGGGAAAUAUGCGGAGGAGCCUUUUUUGUUUUCUCUCUUGCUUCAGAUUUGAUUUUUGCAAGCGAAUGAACAAGCACUACAUUACCUGACAUAAGCUGUGGGCUGUAAACAAGGUAUUCUACUCCAGUAAUCUCAACCAUUUCAGAAGGGUGCACAUAUAUAUCUUGUACCUCCUGCUUGGUUUACCGUCCGUCAUCCACCCAUGGUAAUACUCUGCAAAACUGUGAGUGUACUGUAAAUGUUCUAGAACUAAUGAGUAUUGUAUUCAGAAUCCCAAUAUUGUGAAAGCCAUUGCCCUUUCAGAAAAACAAAUCUUUAUUUUUUUGCGUGGCACAUAAUGUUGUCUAUUUAUUUUUAUUUAUACUUUUUUAUUUAUUUGUGUAAAUGUAUACAGUGUUGACACGGGGGGAGGGAACAAUUCGGUAUGUUCACCUUUUAUGUGUUUGGGGAGAAUUAGAAAUAAUAAAGUACAUUAUUGUAAAAUGA